ACGUGAAUGAGUCCGGCCCCGGGUCACCCCUCACCGGACCCGCUCGCAGCUCUCAAGACUUUCACUCUCCAAAAAUACAACUGUUUUUUUUUUUUUUUUUUUUUUCAACAUAUUUUCAGAGAUUUCCACGAGUGAUUUCCUUUUUUUUUUUGCUGAGACGAUUUGGAGCCUGAGUUGGGAAAGCAUGGGGAACAGCUGUGAGACCCCGUAGCUCCGGAACAGCCCCUGGCCUGGCGCCCCCUGUCUGUCCCUCCCUGCGAUGCCCGAAGAAGUCCACAGCCCCAAAUCCGCCAUGAAAACUCCUGCUUCCUCAGACAAACCCAACGCUAACUCCAACCCCGACCGCCACGUCACUGUCGUCGCCAUCCCACUGGUCAACGAGGGCCAGCUCACCGCGGCGACGGGAGGGACGGAGCUCUCGUGCUACCGCUGCACCAUUCCGUUUGGCAUUGUGGUGCUAAUCGCAGGAAUUGUAGUCACUGCGGUUGCUUACAGUUUCAACUCGCACGGAUCUACCAUCUCCUACUUCGGUUUGGUUUUGCUCUCCGCCGGGGUGGUGCUGUUAGCGUCCAGCGCCAUCUGCUUUAAGGUCAGGAUGGAGCGGAAGAAGGAGAGGAGGCGGGAGAGUCAGACUGCGCUAGUGGCCAAUCACAGAAGCAUUUUUUCGUGAACGAAUUUGGAGUAAAAUGACACAAAAACGAUGGCUUUGUAAAGACUUUCGGACUGUUGGGGACUGGAAGAAAUGCCACAACUGAACUGUUGAACUGUGACUGAGAAAUAGCAGGAAAAUUGUAAACAGAUUCACAGAGAUGAACAUAGACUGUAUGUAAAAAUGGACAGAGCUAAUGCCAUAACCGUCAUGUUCCAAAUGAAGUGAAGGGAACAUGGACGCACUUGCAGUUCCGUAAACUCCAUUGGCUACAAUUGACUUAACAUUGAAAAAUUGCCUCUGUUUGUAACUGCUGCUUUGAGCCUCGUGAUUUUGGCCGUAAAAUGUUCGUAUUAACCCAC